UGUCUCACUGGUCACACUGCUUUCGAGUACAAUUUCGCAAUGAGAAUUAUUUUUUUCGCGUCCGUCAGCACUGAUCGAGAACCGGACCGAAAUCGAAGGACGGAAGGAAGUGUAGCGAACCUUUUCUUUUACCAUGUGAUCAUUCGUCUCGUCUUUGUUAUUUGCAUUUAUUUUGCGUUUUGACGGCGUUUUGCGACUUUUAUGUUUCUAUUUUCAUCGUCUUCGAAGUCGAAUCAUUGUUUUUCAAAGCAAUAUUGCGUUAAUCGAACUUAAUUAUCGGCGAAAGUUAUAAUUCUGGUGCUUUUUACGUAUUCGUCGAGCCUUUAACGAUACUGCGAUUAUUGUUUAGCGUACGGAGACGCGAUAUUUCGAUUCGUUUGUUAUCAUCAAGCCAUCGUCAAAGUUGACGAAACGGAAAGGAAACGGUCACUGAGCAGAUCACCAUUUUGGAACGAAAAACAAUAUCUCUUUGUAGAACGCUUUUGUCAAUCGAGCAGUCUUUUACACAUUUCUAAUUGAUUCUUGUCGCAUUGGUCCGCUUAAUCCGACAUGUCGUCUAGUCUUUGCGGUUCAUUUUGCAAAUCGAAUGGGUGUAAAACCAAAAUCCAUUAUCAUGAAGCGAGUUACGUUUGGACAAUUGAAGAUUUCCAUUUUCACGAGGUCAAAGGAGAACCAUUAUUGUCGCCUGUGUUUUCAUCUGUAACGAAUGAUCAAGUUAAAUGGUGUUUGAAACUUGAUCCUAAUGCAGGUGAAACUCGCGAAGAAAAUCAGUUUACUCGUCUGAUCCUAUAUUUGAAUGAACAUAGCAGUAUCGAAAGGAACAAAAAAAUAUUCGCGGAAAUCGCUAUUGGUAUUUUGAAUAGUGAAGGUACAGAAAUAUUUUAUAAAAAUCUAUCUGUUGAGAAAUUCAUACAUUCUGAAACUCACAACCGCUUCCCCAUGAGAAUCAAUAAAAAAGAUACAAGAUUCCAGUUGGUGUGGAACAAUGCGGUAUCAAUUCGCAUUGAAGUGAAAUUCUCUGAUAUGGACGAUAUAGCUGAAGAUUAUCAUCAAUGUGACAAUAACAUUCAAGUGCCCGAAUAUAACCUCCCCGAAAACUUGGCAUCGUUAUGUGAAAAUCAGGAGUUCACUGACGUUAUCCUAUCCGUGAAUGGCAAAGAUUUCUCUGCCCAUAAGGUUGUAUUAGCUGCCUGUAGUCCAGUUUUCCACGCCAUGUUCAAACACAAUACAAAAGAAAACCAGCUAAAUCGUAUAGAUAUUGAAGAUAUAAACGAAGUAGUUGUUGGUGAAAUGUUGAAAUACAUUUAUACUGGAAAGUGCGCUAAUUUAGAAACGUUGGCAGUAGAAUUAUUGGCAGUAGAAUUAUUGGCGGUGGCGGAUAAAUACGAUUUGUAUCAGUUGAAAAUGAUGUGCGCUAAGACCCUACUCGAAGGAUUGUCGGUUGAAAAUGCAGCGAGUGUUUUGGCCUUAGCAGAUAUGCACGCUGUCAAGGAACUCAAAAACAAAGUGAUCAAAUUUAUCGUUUCGAAACCUACCGAAGUGAUGAGUACAGAAGGCUGGAAGAGUAUUCGAUCGAACUUCGAGUUAGUCGAUGAAGUACUGUGUUUGGCUUCAGGUCGGCCAGUCCCGGGCCCAAGCACCUUGGUUAGGAGUCAAUCUUGGUGGGCCGCGGCGAAUUUGGGCCAGUUGGUACCAAUAUUGUUAUUUUUUUCAUUUUUUUUUAUUUUUCAAGCCAAGUAGUACAGUAUUAUUUUGUUUAAUAAAAUAUGUACGUAUAUAUUUGUACCAACCGGUCCUGAGCUCGGCGAUGUAUGUCAAACAACUGACUGAAUUUAGUACCCUACUUUAUACUCAUAUUAUGUACUCGUAAAUGUAGCAAAAUCACGAAUUAUCGAACUGUAUCUUCUCUUAUUUUCGAAUAGAUUUUCAGUGUUUGUAAUUUGCUUCAAUUCUGUAAUAUCUGACUCUUGAUGAGUGUUGAUGAUCUUGUGUUUCAAAGUAAAAAUAUUAUUCAGAGUGAAACUUUAAUUUGAAAAUUAUUUAAAAUUUGAAUUGAUACGGUUGCCUAUUUGAAAUCUGUGCGCCAAUAGAUCCGAAAAUCCAUUGGAAAUCAUAAUGGCUGUUCACACAUAUAUUACUGCGAAUGCAAAAUUGUGUUAUUAAAAUCGAAAGCCAUUCAUCUGGCUGAAUUAUUUGAAUUUGGUGGGCGUAUGUGUGAUGAUGACGGAGGGGUUCCCAAAAUAACGCAAUUCUACGUUUUUAAAUGAAAAUGAUAAAACGUGGGAAGUAUCAACAUUUUUGAUCCAAAUUUGGUGUCUUUCUUAUGAUGCAUUCGAGGAGAAAAUUAUUGACCAAAAAUUGACCCUUUUUGGUGGGAUUUUUACAUUUUUGAAGUUCUUUCACCAAUUUAAAAACUGCUGAUUAAAAUUUAUAUGUUGGGCAUGCACAAAAUAUAUUUUUUUGUGAUUGCUCCUUUGAUGAAAAUCACAAGUUCCAUCGAAAAACUAACAAUGCAGUAAGUAUCUGUGCAAGUUCUAAAAAAUUCGGUUGAAAACAGGUGUGGCUAACCAAUUGAAGCAAAUAACUGAAUGAAUCGUGUGCUUGAAAUGAUCGCAUUCAGUUCAUUGUAAUUACAUUUCAGGAAUGGUGAAAUAUUAUCAAACUACAUAUCUUGUUUUCAUGUUUGCUACUAUUUUUGUUCGUGGUUUUUAGUUUGCUUCAAUUCAGAAAAUACAUUAUAAAUUAGUAUUGAUUGUCUUUUUUUGUGUUUCUAAAUACCUACA